AGAGCGGUAGCGCGUGCGUGCGUGUGACGCAGGUCCGCGAGCAGGGAGGGGGGGGACAGAGCAGCAGGCAGUGUAGAAAAAGGAGGAGGAAGCGAGGAUGGCCGAGUCACACCUCUGAAGCAAACCCGAAGGAUGAGAGCCCUCGUGACCUUUCUCAUCUGAACGGGACUCCACCCAGAGACGGGGCCGCCAUCUCCUGAACAGUAUGCGGCUGCGAGCCAUCGCACCUCUCCCUCUGCUUCAAAGGCCUUUCUGUCCCAUGGAGUUUUAAAGCCUGUGGAUCCCGGGGCUUUUGCCGUCACGCGCGCGGGAGUGUGUGUGUGCGCGCCGGUAUGUGUGCAUACGCGCACGCCUGACUGCGCGUCCCCUUUUUUCCCGCCCCCGCGCCUCUCGUUUUGUUUUGUUUUUUCGUUUGUUUUUUUUUUUUUUUUUUACCGUAAAGCGAACAGCAGAGACUCAGGGUCCAUGAGCGAACUGGACCGGGCACCGUCGACAUGAGUAGUACUUUAGGCAAAGACAAGGACUCGAAAGAGAAAGACCCCAAGGGUCCCACCGGGAAAGAAAGGGAAAAGGAGGUCAAACCGUUGGGCGGCUUCGGCAAGGAUGGCAAGGACAGCAAGACCAAAGGGAAAGACGCCAAAGAAGGACGUAAGGAAACGAGCGGCGCCCCGCCCGGCGUCGCCUUCUCCGUGGACAACACGAUAAAGCGCCCGAACCCGGCGCCGGGCAUGCGCAAGAAGUCCAGCAACGCCGAGGUGGUGAAGGAGCUGAACAAGUGCAGGGAGGAGAACUCCAUGCGGCUGGACCUGUCUAAGCGCUCCAUCCACGCCCUGCCCACCUCCAUCAAGGAGCUGACGCAGCUGGCCGAGCUCUACCUGUACAGCAACAAGUUACAGAGCCUUCCGGCCGAGGUGGGCUGCCUGUCGGGGCUGGUGACGCUGGCGCUGAGCGAGAACUCGCUGACCAGCCUGCCCGACUCGCUAGACGGCCUGCGCAAACUGCGCAUGCUGGACCUGCGGCACAACAAGCUGCGCGAGAUCCCGCCGGUGGUCUACAGGCUGAGCUCGCUGACCACGCUGUACCUGCGCUUCAACCGCAUCACCAGCGUGGAGAAGGACAUCAGGAACCUGUCCAAGCUGACCAUGCUGAGCAUCCGGGAAAACAAGAUCAAGCAGCUGCCCGCUGAGAUAGGGGAGCUGUGUAAUCUCAUCACCCUGGAUGUAGCCCACAAUCAGCUUGAACAUCUCCCGAAAGAAAUCGGCAACUGCACGCAGAUCACCAACCUCGACUUACAGCACAAUGAGCUUCUGGACCUUCCCGAAACUAUAGGUAACCUGGCCAGCAUAAACCGCCUCGGCCUGCGCUACAACAGGCUAUCGGCAAUCCCUCGAUCGCUGGCCAAGUGCCGGGAGCUGGAGGAGCUGAACCUGGAGAACAACAACAUCUCUAUGCUGCCUGAGGGCCUCCUGUCAAGCCUGGUCAACCUGACCAGUUUAACUCUGGCGCGGAACUGCUUUCAGUCCUACCCAGUUGGGGGCCCCUCCCAGUUCUCCACCAUCUACUCGCUCAACAUGGAGCACAACCGCAUCAACAAGAUUCCCUUCGGGAUCUUCUCCCGGGCCAAAGUGCUGAGCAAACUCAACAUGAAGGACAACCAGUUAACAUCCCUCCCGCUUGACUUCGGGACCUGGGUCAGCAUGGUAGAACUCAAUCUUGCCACAAACCAGUUGACAAAGAUCCCUGAGGAUAUCUGUGGCCUAGUGUCCCUUGAGGUCCUGAUUUUGUCAAAUAAUCUUCUCAAGAAGCUGCCCCAUGGCAUCGGUAACCUACGAAAACUGCGGGAGCUGGACUUGGAAGAGAACAAGUUAGAAACCCUCCCCAACGAAAUUGCCUACCUUAAAGAUUUACAGAAACUUGUCCUGACAAAUAAUCAGCUGAGCACCUUGCCGAGGGGAAUUGGUCACCUCACCAACUUAACUCACCUUGGCCUGGGCGAAAACCUCUUGCAACAUCUUCCUGAGGAGAUUGGUACACUGGAGAACCUCGAGGAGCUGUAUCUGAAUGACAACCCCAACCUCCACAGCCUGCCCUUUGAGUUGGCCCUGUGCAGCAAGCUGUCGAUCAUGAGCAUCGAGAACUGUCCCCUGAGCCACCUGCCGCCACAGAUAGUUGCUGGGGGCCCCUCCUUCAUCAUCCAGUUCCUGAAGAUGCAAGGGCCGUACCGUGCCAUGGUCUGAACGUCCAAUCCUGUGUCAUACACUGUAAAAAAAAAAAAAAAAAAAAAA